AUGACAACUCAUUUUGUUGUCAUCCGCAAGCUUAACCCAAAAGCUUUCAGUGUCUUCCUCCAGGUCAUUGAUAAAGAUAUUGAGCAGGACAUGUCCCAGGAUAGAAAUUACUUCGAAGAGGACUUGCUCCAUGAUUUUCCCAGGGAAAAAGAGGCACCAUCAAUCAGGAAAUUACCUACCUUGAUUCACUCUGGAUUAGUGGCUGUUUAUGGAACAGUUGUUUUGAAUCAGAUAGUUCUUUUUUUGGGAACAGAUGAUGGACAGUUACUGAAGGCUAUUCUUGAUGAGGAUAUGGAAACUAAUUGCCCAGAGGUUUUAUACGAAAUUAAGGAAGAAACCUCCAUUUUCCCCAAACUUCGACUUGAUCCAGUAGAUAGUAACUACAUCUAUCUGUCCUCUGUCAAUAAGGUGAGAAGAAUACCAGUUGCCAAUUGUGGUAGAUACGUUUCGGAGCAAGAAUGUCUGUCUGCAAAGGAUCCCUACUGUGGGUGGUGUUCUUUCAAUCAAAGGUGCACAUUAAAAGAAAAUUGUACACGUUCAAACAGCAUAAAGGGUUGGUAUAACAUUUCGCAUGCACCUGAGAAAGAUCUGAAAAUCCGGCUACAUUUCCCUGCCAUAAAUCAGGUUGCUGUGGCGGCAAGCGUAAGCAAGAUCCUUACUUCCUGUAAGAUAAAAAUUGUGAAACCUGUUGAAAUACUUUAUGAAAAUGUAGUGCUGAAAAACUCAGACUGUUUCUGCAGUCUUACCACUCUGGUGAUAACUGAUAAUGCAAUCUGUCUCUUCCUUGUCCUGACAUGGAGAAAUGCUGAUUUUUUUCAGGAUAGUUGUAAUGCGACUGCUUCCAAUGGGAUCACCACUGCGCAGAAAACAGAGCAUAUCAGCAUUCAUUCCAUUGAACCUUUGUGGAUUUCUACAUUAGGCAAAAGUGAAAUAACAGUCAAAGGAGAAAACUUUACACGUGCAUCAGGCAUAGAACUGGUACUGACUGGAAUCACUGGCUGUAAACCAGACAUCAUUAAAGUUAGGAAUGUGCUAAACGAUACGCAGAUGACAUUUGCUCUCCCACCAACACGUAAACCACUGAUGACCCUACAUUAUGUUUCACUGCCAUCAUGUUUUGGAAUCACACCAAAUACCUCCUGGAUCAGUGGUGGUCGCAAAAUUACUACAAUUGGUAGAAAUUUUAAGGUGGUGGACAGUGUGAUCAUUUCAGAUGACCAGAGGUCAAACCUCACCGUCUCUAGGUGUCCUGGAAAUGAAUCUGAAUAUUGUUACUUAACGCCAAGCCUGAGCCAUGCAACAGAGGGUAAAGUUGUUGAUAUGAUGUUAAAAGUGGAAACUACCUUUAUACCAUGUGUCAAAUUGCACUAUCACGCUGACCCUGUGUUCAUUAACUACCAGCUGCACACUGAGCUGGAUCCUGAUCUGGAAUUAAAAAUAUAUAAAGAAAAUGACAACUUGAAUAUUUCUAAAACUGAGGUAGAGGUUUAUCUGUCAUAUGUGAAUGGUGCACAGAACAAAAAGAUAUGGUUCAGUGUCCAAAAUAUUACCAAAAAACCAGACCGUAGCACCAUACUGUGCAAAUUCAAAAGGGAAGGAACAGACAAGAUUGACUUUUCCACAGUGAAAGUUUUUGUUAAACUGGGAAAUUUUGAGCAUGAAGUCAAGCCAACAUCAUCACACAUAUAUUUAUAUGUUCUUAUUUUGCUACCUAUUGUAGUGGUUGUUCUUUUUUUUUCGGCAUUCAUAGUUACUAGAUACAAAUCCAAAGAGUUAACUCGUAAACAGAGUCAGCAACUUGAACUGCUGGAAUACGAGAUUCGGAAGGAAAUACGUGAGGGAUUUGCUGAACUGCAGAUGGAUGAAUUAGACAUAGUGGAUAGUUUUGGAACCGUUCCCUUCCUUGACUACAAACACUUUGCUCUUAGAACUUUCUUUCCAGAGUCAGGAGGCUUUGCAUCCAUCUUCAGUGAAGACAUGCCACAGAGCAGAGACCAAACGAGCAAGGACGAAAGCUUCAACAUGUUGCAUGCUUUAAUUUGUAACAAGAACUUUCUUGUUACUCUCAUUCACACCCUUGAAAAGCAGAAAAAUUUCUCUGUGAAAGACAGGUGCUUGUUUGCAUCCUUCUUGACUAUUGCACUACAAACUAAGCUAGUUUAUCUAACCCAUAUUUUGGAAGUGUUGACAAAGGACUUGAUGGAGCAAUCAAGCAAUGUGCAGCCUAAGCUCCUGCUCAGACGAACCGAAUCUGUGGUAGAAAAAUUGCUGACAAACUGGAUGUCUGUCUGCCUUUCUGGAUUUCUCCGGGAGACAAUUGGUGAACCAUUCUAUUUGCUAGUGACAACCCUCAAUCAGAGGAUAAACAAAGGACCAGUUGAUGCGAUUACUUGCAAAGCCCUGUACACGCUCAACGAAGACUGGCUGCUGUGGCAAGUGUCUGAAUUCAAAACAGUGGUAUUGAACAUUAUCUUUGAAAAAAUCCCAGAAAAUGAGAGUGGAGAUGCCUGUCAAACUAUCCAAGUUAAUGUUCUGGACUGCGAUACCAUAGGCCAAGCCAAGGAGAAGAGCCUUCAGGCUUUCCUUAAUAAGAAUGGCUUUCUCUAUGGUCUUCAGCUGGAUGAAAUUGGUCUUGAACUUGUGUCUGAGGAGCAGCAAAGAGAAUUGUUAGAUAUCGAUGGUUCCUCAGAGGUGAUGGAGGAUGGGAUAAGGAAGCUAAAUACCAUCGGUCAUUACGAGAUUUCAAAUGGAGCAACCAUAAAAGUCUUUAAAAAGAAGACAAAUACUCGAUCAGAUGUGGACUACUCAGAUGAACACUGUCAUUUGAUUUUACCAGACUCUGAAGCAAACAAAGAUGUGAAAGGAGCAGGUCACAAAGGAAAGCAAAAAUUCAAAGUGAAAGAAAUGUAUCUGACAAAGCUUCUGUCAACCAAGGUUGCAAUUCAUUCGGUUGUUGAAAAGCUCUUCAGGAGCAUUUGGAGUUUACCCAACAAUAAAGCACCCGUUGCCAUCAAGUACUUUUUCGACUUUCUGGAUGCCCAGGCUGAGAGCAAAAAAAUUACUGACCCCGACGUGGUCCAUAUAUGGAAAACAAACAGUCUUCCUCUUCGCUUCUGGGUGAACAUACUGAAGAAUCCUCAAUUUGUCUUUGAUAUUAAGAAGACUUCCCAUAUAGAUGGCUGUUUGUCUGUAAUCGCACAAGCUUUCAUGGAUGCCUUUUCUCUAGCAGAACAGACACUGGGGAAGGAAGCACCAACAAAUAAACUUCUCUAUGCUAAGGACAUUCCGCUCUACAAGAAGGAGGUGAAAGCAUACUAUAAAGCCAUCAGGGAUCUGCCUCCAUUGACCACUUCAGAGGUUGAAGAAUUUCUAACUCAGGAAUCUAAGAAACAUGAAAAUGAAUUCAAUGAGAAAGUGGCCUUGAUUGAAAUCUGCAGAUACAUAGUGAAAUACUAUGAUGAGAUUGUCAGCAAACUCGAGCGAGAACGGGGGUUUGAAGAAGUCCAGAAACAGCUCCAGCAAGUGAAAGCCUUAUUUGAUGAAAAGAAAAAAUGCAAAUGGCUUUAAGCAGAGCACUGACUCACAGCAUCGCCGUGGGGGAUUUUAAAUAAGUGCUACUGCUCCC